CGGCCACUUUACUUUGUUUAUCGCAAGGAUAUAGGAACAAACCAAUAUAUAAUAAAUAUAUAAUAUAAAAUACACGGUAUUUUGAACAUAUGGAUGAGGAUUCUGCUUUGGAGAAUUAUUUUGACCAAUCAAUUGCCAGUGACCCUAAUGACUACAUGAGCUAUGAGGGGGCCCUGGGUCUCGAGGGUCCACCACAGCUACAGGACCCCUCCUUCCUUUCCUCUGUGAGCGAGCAGGAUAAAGAUCUAUCAGAGGACUUGGACCUCAGUUUCUUGCCUGAUGACCUGGGGACCCAAGAUGAGCCACCAGAGGGUGGUAAUAAGAUGGAGGACAGUGGUGUCUUUGAGGACUACACACCCCAGGAGUCCUCUAUGCCCGAAACUGACAAAGCCUUCCCAGAGGCUUCUCCAUUUUGCCCUCUUGCCAUGACUCCUAUGACUCCCAUGACCCCCAUGACCCCAGUCUCUGAGCGAUCAGGGAUCACCCCCCAACUGCAGAAUAUUGUGUCCACAGUAAACUUAGCCUGCCCUCUGGACCUGAAAUCUAUUGCACUCCAGGCCCGCAAUGCUGAGUAUAACCCAAAGCGCUUCGCUGCUGUCAUCAUGAGGAUCAGGGAGCCAAGGACCACUGCACUUAUCUUCAGCUCAGGGAAGAUGGUUUGCACUGGUGCCAAGAGCAGUGAGGAGCAGUCUCGCCUGGCCGCCCGUAAAUAUGCCAGAGUGGUGCAGAAGCUGGGCUUCCCUGCAAAGUUCCUUGACUUUAAAAUCCAGAAUAUGGUGGGCAGCUGUGAUGUUUGCUUCCCCAUCCGCUUGGAGGGAUUGGUUUUAACACACCAGCAGUUCAGCAGCUAUGAGCCGGAGCUGUUUCCUGGGCUGAUCUAUCGCAUGGUGAAGCCACGCAUUGUCCUGCUUAUUUUUGUUUCAGGAAAAGUGGUGCUUACUGGUGCUAAAGAACGCUCCGAGAUCUACGAGGCUUUUGAAAACAUCUAUCCCAUUCUUAAAGGCUUCAGAAAACAAUGACGUCGUUCACAUAGAGCAGAAUGGGCCCAUGAAGACAUUUGGCGCAGUGCACUUAUUGGGCUAUUAAAUUUGAGCAUCAUGCAUGUUUAGGGGGAAAGAGCGUAUGCUUCGUAUGCACACUUUCAAUGUGAUUUUAAGUUUAUGUGCUCAUUGUUGAAAUAUGACGCUAUACAGAAAGACAAGGGUCUCUCACACAAGUAAUAUUCGCGGUGAUUGGGCAAAUUGUAUACAUAGUAAAUAGCUGGCCGGUGGUUACCGCGCAGUGACAC